AUGGCCAAUCGCCAAUAUCGCUCAGGUAAGUUCACAAAGGCAGGUGAUGCGAUCAGUCUGUUCAACCCAGACGAAGCAGGCGGCUGUGAUGGCAAAGACAAUGACUGCUUCUAUGAUUGCAUCAAAGCGGCAUAUCCAGACAAGGUGACCAAGCACUUCAGCAAGCCAUGGAUCUUCAAGCGAUUCUUCAAACUAGAGCGCGAUGCCAAGGUUCCUCUCAAGCUCUGUUCAGAGAUCGAGGACAAGCUCAAGAUGCGCAUCAAUGUCAAAGGUGAUUAUUGCAAGACAUCAACCAAACAGUACGUCCGAGUCGUCAAUCUCAAACUAACCAAGGAGCACUACACUCUAGACAAGGAUGGCGCCUUUGAGCCCAAGGGCAUCAUCCUCAAGCGAUACAACGAUGACAGAAUACUGCCAGUGGUGGCAUACAAAUGGGACGAUGACAAUGAACAGGUUCAGCUCUACGAUGGCACGACCCACAGCACGAUGAGCAAGGCAUCACUCAUUGAGGAGCUCAAGAAACAAAAGUUCGAACGGACGGCAAGUGUCGAUACAUCAAGGUGGAGGCUGCCAAGAAGAGGAAGAGAUCAAACAUUAACAAAGCCGCCCUCAACAUAUUCAGCAAAUACAACAAGCAUGUCAUUCCAGAUAUCAUCGAGCAAGAUACGACGUCUCUGGCAUGUACACCGCCAUCAUGAAGAGCAGCAGCUUCUCAAGAAAGGUGAGUUCCAUCAACUGACUGACGAGGAGCUCAGUGCCAAGCCAGGCAUCCCCUUUGGCAUCUACAGGGCGAUCAUCAAAGGCAGAGUCAAUGGCAACAUGCUCUUCGGCAAGUUCAUCGAUCAGGUGCUGGACUGGAAGAAAGCAGAUGUGCCACGUGCCAAGGAGCUCUAUCAACGUCUCUGGGGCGCCCUCUCCAAGUACAACAAGUCCAAAGAGUAUGUCAACAUCAAGGCAGAGAAGAAUGUUGUCGUCGACAAGGAGCUCGGCAUCACUGACAUUUACUUCAAGGCCAGUCUGCCAGAGAAUCACUCGAUCGACGCUAUGAACAUCACGCACAAUGGCAAUGUCAUGGUCAAGUCAAUCAACAACCUCGACACGUUCGACACGCCCUUCGCUCGCAUCAUGCCAUUCAUCAUCUCACGUGGUCGCAAGAUGAUUGGAACGAUAAUAAAGGACGACAUUGACUGUAUCAAGCGCGUGCACACCGAUGGAUUCGUCUCGACCAAACCAUGGAAGGAGAAGAGAGGCAAGAAGUCACUCGAUUACCCCAAGAUUGGCGAAGAGUGCGGCGACCUGAAAUACGAAGGCUACUGCCCCAAUGCCAUCGUCAACAACAUGCUCAAGCCAGUUGGGGAGUUUAAAAUAUAG